AUGUUGGAGCCAGCAGAGAGGGCGCGACGCUUGGCCGGCACCGCCAUGGCGUCACUUUUGACCGCGGCUCUGUUUCUGUCAGUCAUGGUCGACUCCUUCGUCGUACAGACGCGAGCGAAUAGCCAACCUCGCCCCGAUCGCAUGAGCAGCAGGAGCAGCCUUGCUGCAGCAGCAGCAGCGACUGCAGCGAGAUCUUGCGGCGACUCGAACGCUCGCGCUCGUGGCGGUGGCCAGCUGAGGAGAGUUGUCGAGGGCGUUCGUGGGGGGGAGCUGGUUGACGUUCUCGGCGACAACGCGGGUGUCCUCAGCGCGGAGCAGCGGAAGAUGGCUGCGACGUUGGUGCAGCUUGGACAGGGACACCUCUUCGAGGGGUGGCCGGAGGCAGGCACGAGCGACGACAGCAAGAGGAGUCUCAUGGACCAGUCCAUCGGCCUCGACGCCAAGUACCCGGGGGGGCUCGCGACGUACGUCAACAAGGCGCGGCAGCUGCUCAAGGAGGCGUCGGAAGGGCUGAACCCUUUCGAGGGGUUCACGCCCAAGCUCGCAGACGGAGAGAGCCUGGUUUUCGGCACGGAGGAGUUCGAUGAGAUGGAGGCGAAGGGCUUGGAGGCUGCCGCUAAGACGGCCUUCGUCUUGGUCGCCGGCGGGCUUGGCGAGAGGUUGGGAUACGACGGCAUCAAGCUCGCUCUUCCUGUGGAGGUUUCGACGAGGCAGCGGUACCUCGAGCUUUACUGCAAGCACAUCCUUGCUCUUCAGGCGAAGUGCCGCCGGCUGCCGGGGGCCCCGGCGGAUCUGACCCUCCCCCUGGUGAUCAUGACCAGCGACGACACGGACGCCAAGACCCGUGAGUUGGUGGAGAAGGAGGGACGUUACGGCAUGGCGGAGGGGCAGAUCAUCAUCGUCAUGCAGGACAAGGUCCCUGCCCUGGGAGACAGCUCGGCCAGCCUGGUGCUGUCCGACCCCUUCACGCUGGAGACCAAGCCCCACGGCCACGGCGACGUGCACCACCUCCUCCUCAGGGAAGGGGUGGCGGAGAAGCUCAAGGGAGGCGGGUUCGAGUGGCUCUUCUUCUUCCAGGACACGAACGCGUUGGUUCUGAACUCGCUGUUGCCGGCGCUGGGCGUGAGCGCGAGCAAGGGCUACCACAUGAACUCCAUCUGCGUGCCGCGGAAAGCGAAGGAGGCGGCUGGCGCCAUCACGGCCUUGACGAAGGACGAUGGAACGUCGUUGAUCAUCAACGUGGAGUACAACCAGCUGGACCCAAUCCUUCGAGCGACGGUCUCGCCGGAGGGGGACGUCAACGACCCGAACACGGGACUGUCACCUUUCCCGGGAAACACCAACAACCUUGUCUUCAUGCUCGAGCCCUACCUCAAGGUGUUGAAGGGGGAGGACGAGGGGGUUGUGGUCGAGUUCGUCAACCCCAAGUAUAAGGCCGGCAGCCGGACGGAGUUCAAGAAGCCCACCCGGCUCGAGUGCAUGAUGCAGGACUUCCCCAAGCUCAUGUCCAAGGAACUGGGCGACGCUGCGAAGAUCGGGUUCACUUCUUUCGACAAGUGGCUUACCUUCUCGCCGGCCAAGAACGACCUAGAAUCGGCUGCGGCGGCCGCGGCGGACGGCGUGCCCCCGGGGACCGCCUCGAGCGCCGAAUCUGAGUUUUACGCCCAGGCGGCGCGGCGACUGCAGAUGGCCGCCGGGUGCGAGGUCGGCGAACCCGAGGACGUAGAGUUCGCGGGAGUGCCGCUCUCCAUGGGGCCGCGGGUGGUGCUCGAGCCGUCCUUCGCGACAAGCACGGCGGACCUCCGCGCGAAGGCUGGCCGGGGGGUGAAGAUCUCCUCGAGGAGCACCAUCGUUCUAGAAGGAGAGGACCUUCACCUCGAGGGGCUCGAGCUGGACGGGGCUCUGGUGAUCAAGGCGGCCCCCGGCGCGAGGGUGUCCGUGCGGGGGCUGAAGGUCUCGAACGAGGGUUGGGUGAUGGUCCCCCUCCCGGAAGACUUGUCGCAGGUUUCGGAGGAGGACAGGGUACGAGGGUACCUGAUAGAAAAGAAGGCCACGAAGCUGAUCGAGGUCACCGAGCCGGGGGAUUGGCUCGUCGGCGUCGAAGGCGACGUUUCACAGGUGCGCUUUGAUGUUGUCGAGUAA